UAAUGUUGCAACGGACACCAAAAUCUCAAAUGUUAACGGCUACUCAAAUUUGUUUACUCUUUGUGACUUUUCCACUUACACUAAACUCCUCUUCUGCAAAUUCUUUCUGAAUCAAAAAUUCUUUCUUCUGCAAAUUCUUUCUCCAAAACACAUCAAGAUUCUUGUGAAAGAAUGUGGCCCAAAGGAAACAACGAUGAUAAUUUACAAACGGUAUCAAAGGGAUUUUACACCCCACCCCCAAAAUGGAAUUCAAGACCUCCAUUUUCUCCAAAAACAUGGAUGUCAGAGGAAAAGAAGAAGAAUACUUAUUCUUCCCCAUUCAAAUCUGAACCUUUUCAUGUCAUUUACAAAGUCCCUUCUGGUGAUUCUCCCUACGUCAAGGCCAAACACGUUCAGUUGAUAGAGAAGGACCCGAGCAGAGCGGUAGCCCUCUUUUGGAGUGCUAUAAAUUCGGGUGAUCGAGUUGAUAGUGCCUUGAAGGAUAUGGCAGUUGUGAUGAAACAAUUGAAUAGAUCGAAUGAAGCCAUUGAGGCUAUAAAAUCUUUCCGCCAUCUAUGCGCACCUGAUUCUCAAGAAUCUCUUGAUAAUGUGUUGGUGGAACUCUACAAGCGCUCAGGAAGGCUAGAAGACCAGAUUGAGGUUCUUAAGCUUAAGCUGAAGCGAGUUGAAGAAGGCAAUACUUUUGCGGGAAAGAGAGUAAAAUUGGGAAGAUCUCAGGGUAAGAAGGUCCACAUAACAGUUGAGCAAGAAUAUGCAAGGCUUUUGGGAAACUUGGCUUGGGCGUACUUGCAACAGAAUGAUUAUAAAACUGCUGAGGAGUAUUACAGGAAAGCUCUAUCAAUUGAGCCAGAUAGGAACAAACAGUGCAAUCUUGCCGUCUGCUUGAUGUGCAUGAACAGGCUAACUGAAGCUAAGUUUCUUCUUCAAGUAAUUCGUGCUUCAGUCCCUGAAGGGCAAAUGGACGAGUCUUAUGCCAAGUCAUUUGAGAGAGCAUCCAAUAUGUUGGCUGAAAAGGAAAAUCAACCAGAUAAAUCUAUGUAUGAAGUGGAAAAGGAGAAUUGCUAUGGAAAUAUUGGUUUCAUCGACUCGUCUCGCAACAAAAAUCCAUAUGAAUCUGUCCGAAGCAAUAGCAGAAAAGUUUCAGAUGAUCAACUUGAUCAGACACUUGGAGCUUACUCUUGUGGCAAGAGCAAUGUUGGAACUGGAGGUAACACUGCUGCCAUUGAUCAUAAUUCCAGCUGGAAAAGAACGUAUACAUCAUCAGUUCAAGUACGAGGAAUCCCCAAGAGUCCAUUUACACAGCCCAAGAGGAGUAUAACUCUCUUGGACAGUGAAAGAAAUACAAAAGGAACAUACAGGAAUGAUGUGGUUAGCUGCUUGCCUCGGAGACUCCAAUUCGAGAAUGCUGCUGCUUCAGAUGUGAAAGGUACUUAUUCCGAAACUGAGCAGCGUGGCAGUGUCAAUAUGUCGGAAGGUACAAAUGCUCCGGACAGGACAAUUUGUGUUGGCAGAAAUGAGAAUUUGGCCCCAACUGAUUUGAGUGGUCGUAAGUUGUCAACAUCAGCAACUGGUGUAAAAACAAAUUUCUGUAGUGCUGAAAUUGAGAGUAGGGAUUCAUGUGGUCCACAUAAUGAGGGGGUUUUCCCGCAAUGUAGUGGUAAAAAGAGCUGGGCUGAUAUGGUUGAGGAAGAUGAGAAAGAAAUAAUGCAUCUUUUUGCAGGAGAGAAUGUGGAUAUAAACACGUCAGUGCAUGUUGAGGAAAGUUUAAGCAGUGAAUUCCAAUCUGUUAGUUUUAAUGACAAUGCUACUGUAGCAGCCAAGCAAUCAUUACCAUGUUGUCCUUUGUUUUCUAACCAACAGCAGAAGCAAGACCAAGUGAAGACUAAGAGAAGUCACAGACUUCAGGUUUUCCAGGAUAUGACUCCAGAAAGCCCUAGAGCUUAAGAGACAUAAAAAUAGCACAUUUUUUAAAGUUUGUCUCUACAAUAUUGAUGUAUUAUUUCAUUUUUUGAUGCAACUUUUUGUUACUUUCAUCUUCUGAUGAAAAUGGCGUAGAUAACAAAUUAACAAUAUGAAACAGAACAUGGAAACUCUGAAAAUUAAUGAGUACCGUUGUACGGUGUUGCACCAAAUUUAAGUAAAAAUGAAUGUGAUUACGGUUAUGUU